UGGAGAUGCUGUUUGCUUUUUACAAUUCUGACCCUGGUUUCUGUCUUCUUCUCUAGGGCCGAUCUGGUCCCCAUUUACUCCUUCGGGGAGAACGAUGUUUUCAAGCAGAUCUUUUUCGAAGAAGGCUCCUGGUGCAGAUGGGUGCAGAAGAAAUUGCAGAAGUAUAGCGGCGUGGCUCCGUGCAUCUUCCACGGACGAGGGCUGUUUUCCUCCAACAGCUGGGGGUUGGUGCCUUACGCCAGGCCCAUCACCACCGUCGUCGGCGAGCCCAUCACGAUCCCCAAAACCGACAAUCCGAGCCAGAAGGAGAUAGACUUUUAUCACAGCUUGUACGUACAGUCCCUGGCGAAACUCUUUGAGAAGUACAAGACGAAAUUCGGCCUGUCGGAGACGGAGAUGCUGGAGAUUAACUGACGGCCACCCCGGUCGACGGCGCUUGAGGGCCUUUAAAUUUGCUGGUGGGCUUGGAAAAAACCGGCGCCAAAAGAGGCUCUUUCUGCCACUUUUCGUUUUUGUCUUCUGCUCUAUGGAAUUGGGGGGGAAAUCGAGCAUGGAUCUGUAGAGAAGAUAAAGGAAUAUUGUCUAAAUA